CGAGCUGUUUUCUGUCCAUUACAGACACAUCCCGGUGUCUCCUGUAAACUCUACAAUCCGGGACUUCUCUCUCUCUCGCUUGUAUCCCUCUAUCCCUGGUACAGAAAUGGCCACAGCUGGUAAAGUCAUCAAGUGCAAGGCAGCAGUGGCCUGGGAGCCCAACAAGCCUUUGGUGAUCGAGGAGAUCGAAGUAGCCCCGCCCGAGGCCAACGAGGUCCGCAUCAAGAUUGUGGCGACUGCGGUGUGCCACACGGACCUGUACCACCUGCUGGAGAGUCAGGAUGAGAACGGCUUCCCGGUCAUCCUCGGCCACGAGGCAGCCGGCUUCGUGGAGAGCGUCGGGCCUGGAGUCACUGAAUUUCAGCCAGGAGACAAGGUCAUUCCUCUGUUCAUCGCUCAGUGUAAAGAAUGUAAAUUCUGUAAGAGUCCCAAGACCAACCAGUGUGAGAAAGCAUGGGUUAGUCACAGCAAUGGGUUUCCAGAGUCCAGGUUCACCUGUAAGGGGAAGAAGCUGCUGCAGUUUAAAGGAACCAGUACCUUCACCCAGUACACGGUGGUGAACCAGAUGGCUGUGGCUAAGAUCGACCCCGCUGCCCCUCUGGACAAAGUCUGUCUCCUUGGCUGUGGGAUCUGCACGGGAUACGGAGCGGCAGUGAACACUGCUAAGGUGGAACCGGGCUCCACGUGUGCCGUGUUCGGUCUGGGAGCUGUGGGCUUGGCUGCGGUCAUGGGCUGCAAGGCCGCAGGAGCCAAGAGGAUCUUUGCCGUUGACAUCAAUCCGGAUAAGUUCGAGAAGGCCAAGGUGUUCGGGGCGACCGACUUCGUGAACCCCAAGGAUCACAGUAAGCCCGUGAGCGAGGUGCUGUCCGAGAUGACCGACGGAGGAGUGGACUUCUCCCUGGAAUGUGUCGGGAAUGUGGCCGUCAUGCGCAGCGCCUUGGAGUCUUGUAUGCAGGGUUGGGGCGUCAGUGUGAUAGUCGGCUGGACGGAAAUGGAAGACUUUUCGGCCCGACCCGUUCAGCUCAUCGCCGGGCGCACAUGGAAGGGCUCCGCGUUUGGAGGCUUUAAGGGUAAGCAGGACGUGCCUCAGAUGGUCAAAGCCUACCUGGACAAGAAGAUAAUGGUGGAUGAGUUCAUCACUCACACCAUGACUCUGGACCAGGUCAACGACGCCAUUGAGCUGAUGAAGCAGGGCAAAUGCAUCCGGACGGUCAUGAAUGUUUCUUCUCAAUGAGACCACUGCGAUGCUUUCAAUGACCCCAAAUUGAAUUGUCAUUUACCACCAUUUACCACUGUAUUUGACGACGAGCACUAAAAUACUAAUCUGCUUGUCCGAUUCACGAGUAUCAUCUGCAGUGUAAGCUAAACAUAUCAAAGUGUCUAAAUAUCUAAAAGCAUGAUUUUAUUAAAGGUUAAUUGAUAAAGUUA